UCAGUGAGCCCAUGAUAUUUCAUCUUGUGCCUUCAUGAAGUCAAAUUUUUCACUUGUCCAGUAGAGUUUCUGGAGCCACUGCAUCUCUGAAACUGCCAUGCCAGAGAUGAACAGCAAGGUUAAUUAACGAGUAAGUGCCUUUUGGGGCUCCCCUUGACCCAGGGUCCUGGCAUUUGACCCAGUGUUCCUCCAAUGCUGGCGGCCCGCGCGAAGGUCAGGUGACAGGAAAUGGAGAAAAAACGGUUGACUGGAGGGAGAAUAGAAUUCAUGGAAAUUUCUGGAGAACAACGGGAGCGCGAGGAAGUGGAGAUGUGGAUGAAGGCGGAGGCAGAGCAAAAACAACCGAGGUCGGAGUCCUUGUCCUGUGACCCUGUGGAUGAUUGCUGUGACUGUGUCUGAUCCCUGUGCUGAUUCUGGGCUUCUGAUGGUGACUCCACUCUGAUGCCACAACAAGAUUGAAUCCCACCACCCUGUGUGAGACACACAUGGAGGCACAGAAAAAGUUCCAGGAGAAUCGGGAUGUGUUUCCGACCUCAUGAGCUAUCCGGGGUCUGCUCCCAGAGCCCCAUCCAACUUCACAGCGUGAGAAUACAGCGGAGCGAGUGCUCUCUUCUCCGGGCUGAGGAGACUCAGUUACAGGAUCCAGGACCGGUCUCUGUGACAGGGUCUGCCUCUCUUUCUCUCUCAAAUGUGGAUUCACUGAUAGCAGAUAAACCAUUAUACCGUAAUGAAAACCAUGUGCCAUGUGAGCUACACAGCAGGAUAGUGCAGUGAAGAACAUGUAUUCCACUGCUGCCUCCGUGCUGGAUCUACAGUUGUCGCUGAUAACUAAGUGUGUAGUCCGAGGGGGUUCGGAGGGGCGGGGGUUAAGCUCUGGCUCGGAGCCUCAAGAUGUCCAGCAGCACCUCUUACUGUAACUGAGGGCCAAGAAGAGAACACAGAAGAUCUGACAGACCCGGCUCUACUCGCUCUCUGUGUCUCAAGUCACUGUGUCUGAGCCAACUCUGAAAUUUGUGCCUUCACAUCUGAUGCCAAAUCAUUUAUCACAUGAGAAGACAGUGGACCAACAAGGCAGCGAUGUUCUGAGCUGUUCUUGCACCAGAUGUACAGUAGCAUGCAGAGGACUCCUCCCCAGUCAUCAGCACCGCGUCAGCAUAAAGACUCAGUCAGUUCCUGUGUCGUAGCAGUCAGAGGGUCUGUUUGUGAAGAGCAGCACCACAGGAGGAUGUGGUCUCUGUAUGGUUUCCUUCCACUGUGUCACAGAUGCAGUCGACCUGGAAUGAUCUAGGACACCGAUUGCUGCAGGUACAGAAACAACACCUGAAUUUAAAGAGGCCCCAGGACAGAUGUGUUACACUGUGGCAGUAACAGUCAGAUUUGCGUGCCGUGGUUGAGCAGUACCGCCGGACAUUCGAAGAUGGAGCAGAGCUCAUGUACAGAGGAUCGUAUCCAGCACGUCCUCGAGCGGUGCCUGUGUGACCUGGGUCCUCACACUCCUGACAAACAAUUCUGGAAUGCGGGGAUGUGCACUAACCGCUGGUGUUUGGAGGAACUUGUGAAGAGAGAUCCCCACAACUUCCUCAUCCUUCUGCAGAAAAUACUGAGGAAAACAAAAGAGGUGCGAGAGCAGUGUCAGUAUGAGCUGGUGGUGCCUCUUUCUCUCCUGUUCUCUUCAGCCCUCCUAAAAGCUCCGUACGUGGCCCCGGACUGUGGCGUCCUGCAGGAGGCCUACCUUCUGUUCCACAGCUUCCUGUCCUGGCCGGAGCCCUGCUGCUCUGCCGCCAAACGCCUGCUGAGCGUCAUCAAGCAGGAGCUCAGAGCACCAGGUAUUUCGUUUCACAGACUGCUGAGGACGGAGCAGGGCUUCUCACCCGAGAGUCACAGCCCUAAAACCAUGAUGGUGCUGUUGGUGAGCCCAGAUGAAGACGCCCCUCCAGAGGUCCAGUAUGUGUCUGAGCAGCUGACCCGCACCCAGCACACCAGCAGAGACAUCACCGUCACCCUCAUCUGUCAUGCUGUGCAGGCAACUCUGGGCUCCAAACUUGACCUGCAGGCGCUCCGCACUGCCCUAAAGACAAAGCAGACUGAGGAGCUGGAGCAGCUCCUGGAGGCCGUGACCAAGAGCAUGGAGGCGGCAGCAUCUACCGCAGAUGUCAACGCAGCCAGAGAGGGGCUGCUGAGCAGCAUGGAGAGGCUCAGAGGGCGCCUGGCUGCUGCCGACGGCUGCUCACACACUGGAGCUGUUGAGACUUUCAUGCUGCCCUUCCCCAGAUGUCACACAUGCUCCUGGGAGAACGACAGCUUUGAUAUUCUUUAUGACAUCCUCACCAGCGACCUGGGUUCACCUGCAGACUGUUUCCUAGACCAGGAGGAUAAUACAGAUGCCACUGUGGAUGAGGAAGAUGAGCUGGAGGCAAACAAAAUGAACCAGGAGUUUCAAAACCACCGCAUCUCCACUGCAUCCUCUUCCUCCAGGGACUCUGCGUUUUCCUGCUACUCCCAAUCCUCUGGCUGGUCGCUGCCGUCCGGCUCGUCAGGUGUGGAAAGUGACUUCAGUGAGGACACGGGACAUGAGGACCCAGAGGUGGGAGGAGAGAGCCAACCGAAGCCUAGAAAGAAACCCAAAAAGAAGUCCAGAUCCCUGUUAGGAGUUGAGCGCUUCUCCAUGCUUUUCAAGACUCCCCGCAGCCCGAGCGUUUGCCGCCGUGCCCAGAGCAUGGCCUGUCGUAGUGAUCUUACCAAAGACUCCCCGCUCAAACCCUCCAGACAGGUCUGCUCCCUGCAGGCAUCCGCUGCUGCCUUAGAUCCUCUUGUCCCCCAGAAGCAACUGUGCGUCCGCAGGAGGCCGAUCCUGAGCUGCAGCGAGGCCGAUGUGGCCGAGGCGCCCACCCUGGUCAAAGUAGUGGUGUUUGGAGGUGACAGGGAGGCCGGCAGGCUGGCCAGAGCUUACAGCGACCUGCAGCAGAAGGAGAGCAAGUGUCCCCGACUCACCAGGAUAUGCAGACUGCAGUUCUACUUUGUUCCCACCAGGCGGAGCAGUGCAGCAGGAGGACACACAGCAGCUGACCUGCAGACAGGAAGUUCAGCCAAAGCUGCUGCCUCAGCGGAGUCAAAUGGCGUUGCAGUGGAGGACAGUACGGUUGAUAUCGCCCAAAUGCUGGGCAUGAUGGACCCCUGGUACAAGCGCAACGUCCUCAGUCUGCUCAGCCUGUCCUCAGACGUCCUUCGUCAGAAGUCCUGUAAGGAGGAGGACGUCUCAGGGAGCAGCGGCAGCGUGGAGCGUCUUCCCCUGCUGGCCGACCUGGUGCUUUAUUACUGCAGAGAAGCAGACCGGCCUGUUCUGGUGCAGCUCUAUCAGGCCGAGGUCAGAGGAGCACCACGCACAGUGUGUUGCUGCAGGAAAUACAAGAGUGACCGUGGGUUGACUUGCUCACAGCAGGUGCUUUGUAUUGUUUCCUCUGCACAGCUGACUCUGGCUGGAGGGGAGAGGAGAAGGGAAGUGUUCAUUUACUCUCUGGAGCUGGGGCACUCUGCUGGAACCAGAGCAGUGAAGGCCAUGGGCGCUGCCAGCAAAAGGCUUGGGAUCGAUGAAGAGCGAGAGGCUGUCCCACUGACACUAAGUGUGUCCUACAACAAGGUGGCUGUUAGUGGGAGGAGUCAGUGGAUCCAGGCGGAGAUAGUCUGCACAUCUGUUAAUCUGUACACAGCCUGCAGGAAGCCCAAGCAGCUAGAUUCAAGAACAGAAAGUCUCCAGUUGACGAUGGCUGAAGUCCUGAAGAGGCAGAACUCCAAAACUAAGAAGUGCUACAACCAGCACAUCUCAGUGUCCGAGGUGACGGUGGACAAGGUACAGGUGAAUGGCGCAGAGCACGGGAUGACGUUCGAUGUGUGUCUGGAUCAGGAUGAGAAGAAGUUCAUCCAGAGUGUCACCAGGUGUGAGGUGUCUCUGUGCUGUAAACCAGGCCAAGGUUCAGACUGGAGGGCCUACCAGCCGUUGCCGGGCCAAGUCCGCCCUCUGCACCUGUCCUACUGCUCUCUGCUCUGCCUCCCCAUCACCUCCUUCUCCGCCUCAUAUCCCUGACACACUUUGUACCGCACUGAACCAGACCACCGCAGUGCCAGUAGAACUGUGUGCAAAAGUUUGGCUUAUGAAGUGAGGAACCCCUGCAGGAAACUGACAUUAAGGAUUAUUGGCUGGUGAGAAAGUCUCUGACUCCUCCGAGCAGCUGACUGAGGACCUGAGAAUGAAGCUAACUGAUGCUACAAAGCAGGAGGUGCUAUAAAAGGUUAUCAGUGUGUUUCCAGCCUGAACUCUUCACUGUCUGAAAUGUCACUAAGAAGUGGCAGUUAAGGGUCAAAACAAGAUGUGGAAGACAAAGAAAACUUACAGAUAAAACUGCACAUCUGCAGUAAUGAGGCACAGACAGGGUCUAAAUCAUUACCUCAUCACAAAAGUCAAGUCUGCAUCUGCAAAGCAACAUCUGGAUGAGCAGAGUGGCUUGAGAAACAGAUGUCUAGAGGAAGAGAUGUGUGGCCAGCUGUUUGGGGCCGUGUUACAGCCAGUGGCAGAGGAAACAAUGCACGGACAGAGGGAAGAACGGAUUCCACAAAAAAA